AUGGAAAAAGAGUUUAUUGAGCUUGUAGAAGCACUUUUGGGACUUUUUAGACAUGCGCUGAUGAGGUGCUUUUUCUUUAAAUUUGUCAAUGCGAAUUAUGAGAGCUCCGUGUUUAGGGCGACAUUGGCAAGUGAACCAUUUGAAAAUAAAGAUCAGCCGACUAAAGCAUUGAGUAUUGAAGAAAAGGCUGAUUAUGCAAUUUUGGAGGCUAAAGAGCUGUGAGUAAGGUAUGGAAAAGUAAUUAAAAGCAAAAAAAAAGCUGACACAAAUAGCACUGUGGCUUUGGAAGGCAAAAUUGAUGCAAUUGUUCAAGAGGACAUGCUGUCACAGUAUAAAAUCAUUAAGUCAGCUUAUGAGAAUAAGUUUGAGAGCUCUAUUUUAAAAACAAUUGAAGCCCAUAAAACUGAAGAAGAGGCUAAAAUGUGCUUUCUGGAGAAUUUGAGGAAUAAGUUUAAAAAAAAAAUCCCAAUUUGUGGGAUUGACAAAAAGGUAUGUCGACAACAAGCGGUUGGGGUUGUUUGUAGAGAAGCGCAAAAUAUCAUCCAAGAUGACGACACACUUAAAUGCUUUAAUCAGCUUAUUUUGAUUGAAAGCCCUAGAUAUACUGAUGCUCAAGCAGUUCAGCUAUACAAAGCUAAGUGCAUUUUAGAAUGAAUAAACUCGUCUCUCUUAUCAUGCAGCCCAGACCAAAUCAACAAUUUUAAUAAAAUAAAGGCUUCUAUAUUCCAGCUACUAAACUACGACUCAGACCUAAUAAUUCCUCACGAUUUCUUUAAAGGUGAAAAAGUCAUUUUAUCAGAACUCAAGCAAAACCCUUCCUUAGAAACCAUAAUCGACCACCAAAUUUUCGAUUUUUGGCGAGCAAAAGCAGAAAUUUUAAAAUUUUGAAAAAUAAAUCAAAGUAAAAUCACAAGCAUUGACGGACUGAAAAUCAUGCAUGCAUUGUCAAGCGACCGAGGCGCGUCUAUUUGCAAGCUUUCAAAUUAA